UCUACAGAGAGACAGGCCUCUUAAGAGAAAGUAAACCCAUUUUAGAGAGAGAGAGAAAGAUGAAGUUGUAACCAAAUGCUCUAAACCUUCAUCUGCCAUGGCCUCCUUCCCUUGUUCCGGGGUGAGGAGUGGGCUUUGCCUCUGGCCAGGCAAGAGGCAACUUUGCAUUAGAAAGGGUCUUGUGUAUGACCUUAUGCACUUACUAUCAAUUCCCUUCAAAACCUUGCGUGGAGCGAGUCGCUCUCUUAGGGUUGCAGAGUUUUGCAGUGUUUCCAAUAUGUCUUCCUCAUUACAAAUUGAAUUGGUACCAUGUCUAGGAGACAAUUAUGCAUAUCUUUUGCAUGAUGUAGACACAGGCACAGUUGGAGUCGUUGAUCCUUCAGAAGCUGCGCCAAUUAUUGAUGCUUUGAGUCCGAAAAACUGGAAUUUGACCUAUAUAUUGAAUACCCACCACCAUCAUGACCACACUGGUGGGAAUACGGAGUUAAAAGCAAGGUAUGGUGCAAAGGUGAUUGGUUCUGGAAUAGACAAGGAUAGGAUUCCUGGAAUUGAUAUUGUUCUAAAUGAUGGGGAAACGUAAAUGUUCGCAGGUCAUGAGGUACAAAUCAUGGAAACUCCUGGUCAUACCCAAGUUUAGAUCCGUUAGUCUAUUCUGUUGGAAAUCUCAUUAAUUAGUUACUUUUUAUCAUUUCAAAAGUCAGCGAUAAGGUCUCGAUGUAGAAACUCAUGAUUGUGGUUCUGCAUUUUGUAGUAGCUUGUAUCUUCUCAUUCCCCUUUAUUGUUAUUAAUUUCUAAAAUUUAAUUUUUCAU